CAACCAAGUCAACGAGGGAGGGGUAGGAGAGCAAGAGAGUAAGCGCAGGGUAAAGAGGGAAAAGAGGAUAGCUGUGGAGGAGAAGAGAACUUUUUGUUUUCAGUCCGGUUCUGAAUUAGAGGAGAUUUUGGGGCUGUUUGUGUCUUUUCUCCCACAACACUCUUCACACUUCGUCACCAGCUGCGAGCCAGGUUGCACCAUGACCUGCCCCUCUACCUCCUCAGUUGGACUCAUCUUCCUUCUGAUUGGCUACGUUGCUGCAGGACCUGAGCCUGACAUGCGGCCUCGAGCGGUGCGUUCAAGUGCCUGUCAAGAGCACAUGAGCCUUCACAACCGCCUGGAUGUGGUGGAGAAGAAAGUGGAGGACACAGUUGACAAGUUGGAGGUUGAACUGGCUGCUCUUCUGGAUGCUAUUGAAGCCCCAGAGUGGCGCCCCCUGUUGGACAAUGAAGGAAAGACGACAGUGGAUAUCCUGGAAGAUCCAGGGCAGAGGUCUUAAACUAAGGGCAUCGAUGGCACUGAGUUUCAGACUGUAUCCACAGAGUUAAGACAUCUACAGUAUGGUACGCCUCAAGAGCAUCCAUCGGAAAACGGCUGAAUAGGAGACAUGCUGUUGCUGGUCAAACACUAGCACAAUGCCUUUUUUUUUUUUUGAAACACCUAACGGCAUCCAGAACAUUAACACAUAAAGAAACAUGUCGGGAGGGUUUGCAAGCACGGUCCAAUUAGGAAUGAUCACUGAUAUCAAGGAACAAAUGCCAAAACUGUAGAUUAGUAUUGUAACUUAGAGAGAAGCUACACUUAAAUUAACUGUCAAAACCAGUUAUUAUCAUUUACAAAUGAUUAACAUAUAAUUACACAUCCACUUCAGGCCUAUGUUGAUUCUGAUGGUGUGUAGACUGAUUUAAUGAGUCUUAGAAAUAACUGAGCUUCCUUUUCCACAAAUGGAGACAUUCAGUGUUUUAGUAAUGCAGCAAAUUCUGUGUUGGGGUGAAGUGAGAACCUGCCCCAGUUCCAAAUAUUCUUCCUUUGUUGCACAGUCAAUAACGCAACACUUAACCCACAACGGAGCAUCACACACGACUGCUGACCUCAUUCCACUCAUCCAGCAAGGGUACGAGCCUGAAUACUUGAACAAAGCAUUAAGACAACCUACAGGAUGCCAAAAGGUACUGCAUAUCAUCUAAAAAUAUCAUGCCGUCCAUAUAACACUGGGAUUAUACGAUUUUGUACAGUUUAAAGUUCACAAAAGUCACUGUCCAGAAACAGUCACGCAGGCCAGUUAUACUCUGAUUUGGACUGUGUCUAUAAUCAGGUGAGCUAUUACCAAAAGCUUGUGCAUGCACAAAUCAGCCAGUAAGGCUCAAGCUCCAGGCUUUGGCAAAAACAGGCUUAUACUGUAAAGGUACAUGCAAAAAAAGCGCAGGGCUUGAGACUAUUAAAUUCAUCAUAUAUUUUGGCAGACUUGGAGGAUGCCACUUUAUAUCCCUUUAAAGAAGCUUCUUAUUCUAAUCAUAAUGUAUAAUGGUUCAAGAAAUACUUCAACAUUUUGGGUGAUAUGCUUAUUUGCUUACCUUCUGAGAGUGACAUGAGAAAAUAAAUACCACUCUCAUGUGUGUGCAUCAAGUAUGAAGCUGCAACUCACAGGACAUUAGCCUUAGCAAAAGCUUAGCAAAAGGACCGUAACCAGAUGAGCCACUGCAACUUACAAGACAAUGGUCAUAUGGCCAACCUGUUCUCAUUCCCAGGGCAUCGAAUCAGCAGCCUGGUCAAUGGCCCUUGGCUUCUGAUACGCACCAGGCACCCUUUAGCAUCUGUAUAAGAUGCAACGGGCUUUCAACAAACUUCAGUGUAAACCCAUCCGCAGCAAUAACGUAGUAGCAAGGGUGAGAACAUCCAAGUAGGUUUGAUGCUUUAAACAUGCAGGCAGGUGUUUGUGUCCUGUGUGAAACCAAAAGUCACGUCUAAGUUUUUUUUUUAGCCACACCUAAUCAACGUCCUGUGAUAUACAGGUGCACAUCACAUGACAUACUUAUUAAUUUACUGCUAUGUUACACAUUUAGUUGUUUUAACCAAAACCUUUUUUGAAAAGACACUGUAGCAUGUAACAAGCCAAUGCUGACAUAGAAACUGAGACGUCCAAAACUGAUUCUAGAGGCAUACCUAGAGUAUCAUAGUUCGAAGCACAGGGCCACUGAUCAAGCUGCUGUAUUUGACAAGUUGGGAGUCAGAACGUGAUGAUGUGCUAGCUUGGUCAGAAGAGACCAAGCUAGCACUGAUGUUAGCAGGCUAAUCUGCUAGCAUGUUCACUGCUAGCCGAGCCUUGUUACGCAUUCCACUGUCUCUCAUGGCGAGUACUACCCUACCGUGCUGUGAUUGACAAGAACUAGACCUAACUAUGACCUCUAUGCUUAAUCCUAUGCAUCUCCAACCUUGAAAUGUCAACGUGACAAGUACUAGCCGACCACAGCACAGUAGGGCAGGACUUGCCAAGGAAAGCAGUGGGGUCCAUAAUAGACCACUGUUGGCCAAGCUAAUGUAGUGGUCUGCCAACUGAAAGCAGACUGAUCAAACUGAUCUGAAUCAUCUAUCAAACUACAUUUUAACCAUGGUUUGGUCACGCAUUGUGACAAGUGUGAAGUGUCACAAUACGUGUAGCCUGGCUGGUAGCAAUUUUAUGCAAAUGUAGCAUACCGAUGUCUUUGCAUAAAGCUCACAAAUUAACAGAAUGAAUUAACUUUUUUUACCCAUCCAGGACUUCUGAGUAGCAUUCGUGGAAAUUAAUUGCACCAUGGCUGCUAAAAAUUGAUUAAUACAUCUUUACAUUACUGUUUGAGUGUAGAUUUAACACAUAAGAUCCUGUUACAUAGUGAGCAUUAGGGGAUCCGGGUAAGAAAUUUAGACUCAGACAGAGCCAGGCUAGCUGCUUACCCUGCUUCCAGUCUUUAUGUUAAGCUUGAUCAACAUGAGAUUGGUUUUAGUCUUCUCAUAUAGUUCUUGUAAAGCCAGCCAAUAGGUGUACUUCCCCCAAAAAUAUUACUUUAAGUUCCCCCCCUUACCUGAAAUAGAUACUUUCAUACAUAAUCACAAUAUGACUGUAUAAAUAAUAGUAUUUUCACUUGCAGAAGGAACACUGACUUUAUGUUAUACUGGGAAAAAGAGACAUACACACUCACACAUUCAAAGUUCCUUAGAAAUGGUUAUGCAAAUGGUAGAAAAGCUUUGGCAUAUUUUGCCUACAAGUUGUGCCUGCACACUUGGAAAGAAGAGCGGAACGAAGCAGUACGAGGCUUCACGCAGCUCUUCCUUAAGUUUAUAUGUCGAGUUCGCAGUCCCACAUAAAACUGUGGUGAGUUUAAUUACCUACACUGUACGCUAUUUACAUGGUUUUCAUUUUAUUAGGCCUUAGGGUUUUAAGGUGAGCCUUUGCUACAUGUUCCCAGGUGUUCAGACUGAGAUUAACAGCACCACCUUAAAUGAACCACUAUCGCUAUGACAGUAAUAGACUAGCUCAUCUAUACAAUUUGAAGUACCAACAGGGCACAGCUACACAUUAAGUACAGCCUCGAAACAAGCUCUACAGGGAGAUGAUCUUUAUACUAACCAAGCACUUAAAGAGAUGAUGAUGUGUGGUGAAGGAAAAAGAGUUUUCUAAUAGAUUCUUAAAAGAUGGGAUUUUGGGUGAUUGGCAUUAACAGUAAUUCCCAGAGCAGAGUUUCUGAGUGCUCUAUGAGUCAGAGCACGGUGCAGGGCUAAAAUACUACAUCUUGGUAACCAUUACAGACACAGUGACAAGCAAAACCUUUCAUUCUGAUUGCUGUACUGAUUCCCCAUUAAUAACAGUACCUUAUCAUCCUAAAAAAGCUCGGAAAAAGAACAGGUGUCUAACACUUAAAGAGGGAACUAACAUUCUGACCUAUAAUGCAUCCAUGGCUACAGUGGGAUUAAUGAAUACUGAUUAUCAUCAACAGGCACCACUUUUAACAGGUUUACAACAUGAAAUCAGCCGCACUGUCUUGGCCGACUGAAACCAGCCAUGAACACUUACUGUAAAUGUGUCUCGGGAAGGUGUUUCAACAGGAAGAAGGUGCUCCAGGAGAAAAAACUACUCUGAAUUAGGGCACACAUUACAUGAAAGAGGCUGGGGGGGAGUGAACUGAAGAUGCAGGCAACAACAUAAACUGAGUGCCUGCAUGUGCUGAAUAAUUCAGUCGUCCCCAUCAGAUCUUCAACAGGAAGGCUGAGAGGGAAGGCAUCUCCAGCAAAACCACCGACCCCCAAAAACCAUGGACUGCUAUUGCUCAGGAUGUCAUCAUGCUCGUGGAGCUUUCUGCUCGUGAACAACACCUCCUAGUAAGUGAUGCCUUAUUUGUCAUGCUAUACUGUAACGUUGCAUAGAAGUUAGAGCUUACUCUAGGGCAGAUGGGUACAGUAGGCGGGGACUCUCUGGAGAUCUGCUUCAUUCAUGCCCUACCAGGAGGAUGCUACAGAAAAAAAAAACAAGGAGGGGAAAUGGUGGGAGCCGUUUUUUUGGGUCCUGCUGUGCAUUCAGUCGCUCUGCUGUGCGUGUCAUCCGCUCCUGGCUACAACAGAGGAGAGAGGUGAGAAUGUAUCUA